AUGCGGCAGGAGGUGUGGUAUUGCCCUCAAUUCUUUACUCAACUUGACCAGCGGAAAAACGUCCAGAAGCAACUUUUGAGAAACAAAACCCAAACCGACUUAGAUGGUCCUGUAGAAGUGCAGUCUGUGAUUUAUAUCAUAACAAUUGAUGAAAAACCAUAUACCUUGCAUCUCAAAAAAAAUGCAUUCUUAUCCAAUAACUUUUUGGUGUAUACGUAUAAUGAAACUGGAUAUUUGCAUUCUGAAUCGAGAUAUUUUAAGACACAUUGCACUUACCAAGGCUAUAUUGCAGAUUUCCCAAAUUCAGUUGCAACAAUCAACAUCUGUUCUGGACUCAGGGGACUCAUUCAAUUAGAAAAUAUCAGUUAUGGAAUUGAACCACUGGAAUCUUCGGCAAGAUUUGAGCAUAUAAUUUAUCAAGUGAAAAGUGACAAUGCAGAUAAUUCAAUAUUAGCAGGAAAUUACAGCAAUAUCUGGCAUAAAAAUCAGUCCUCUGAAGUUUUUUUAAGUUCACAGAAAAAAAUGUUUUCAAAAUUAUUACCUAUUUAUGUAGAAAUUCAUAUUAUAGUGGAAAAGGAUUUGUAUGACUAUAUGGGAUCAGAAAUGAUGGUUGUCACCCAGAAAAUUAUCCAGAUUGUCAGCCUUGUUAACACUAUGUUUUCUCAGUUUAAAUUGUCUGUGAUUCUAUCAUCCUUGGAACUGUGGUCAGUUAAAAAUAAAAUAUCUAUCAAUGAUGAGGAUGAUAAUUUAUUACAAAGAUUUUUGACAUGGAAAAAGGACUUUCUUAUUCUACAGCAACAUGAUGUAACAUUACUGCUUAUUUACAGGAAUCAUUCUAAAUAUGUUGGAGCGUCAUUUCCUCACUCAAUAUGUAAUAAUAGCUAUGAUGCAGAAAUUGCUGUGUAUACAGAUGGAAUAACAUUGGAGGAAUUUUCAGUUAUUAUAUCUCAACUACUUGGCUUAAAAAUAGGAUUAAAAUAUGAUGACACUGAUAAGUGUUUUUGUCCAAGACCUGUGUGCAUAAUGAAUCCUGAAGCAACGCAUUUGAGUGGUAGAAAGAUAUUUAGCAACUGUAGCAUGAAUGACUAUAAACAUUUUAUUUCAAAUAUUGAGCCUAAAUGUUUUCAGAAGCUUUCAAAGAGUAAGCCAUUGCAUCAAAUCCAACCAGUGUGUGGCAAUGGGAUUUUAGAACCUAAUGAAGAAUGUGACUGUGGCAGUGAAGAGGAGUGUCAAUUUAAAAUGUGUUGUGAUUAUAAUACAUGUAAACUGAAAGGUUCAGUGAAAUGUGGCUCUGGACCAUGUUGUACAUCCAAAUGUGAGAUAGCUGUAGCAGGCACUGUAUGUAGAAAGAGUAUUGAUGAAGAGUGUGAUUUUGUAGAGUAUUGCAAUGGAACUUCUAGUGAUUGUGUACCUGACACUUAUGCUUUGAAUGGCAAGUUGUGCAGUUUAGGAACUUCCUAUUGUUAUAAUGGACAGUGCCAAACUACUGAUGACCAAUGUACCACGAUAUUUGGAAAAGGUGCUAGAGGUGCUCCAUUUGCCUGUUUUGAAGAAAUUAAUGAUGGAUUUGGAAGCUGUGGUUUCAAAAAUUUACAACCAUUACCUUGUAAACAGAAGGAUGUUCUCUGUGGAAAACUGGCCUGUGUUUGGCCAAAUAGGGAUACUUAUAAAAGUGAUGUUCAUUCUGUACUCUACACAUACAUUCAUGAUUAUAUUUGCAUGUCCAUAGCUACUGGAACAUCAUUGAGAGCAGAUGGAAAAGAUUAUGCCUAUGUUGCUGAUGGCACUGUGUGCGGUCCAAAUAUGUAUUGUUUAAAUAGAACUUGUGAAGAAACAAAGUUAAUGAUGACAUCAAGCUGUAAUGCUACCACAAAAUGCAAAGGGAAUGGAAUAUGCAAUAAUUUAGGUAAUUGUCAUUGCUUUCCUGGCUAUAGACCUCCAGAUUGUGAAUUCCAAAUUGAUUCACCAGGUGGAAGUAUUGAUGACGGAAGCAUUCAUAAAUCUGGUAAACAACUAAACUUUUACAACAAAAUUCACAGUAAUACACAUCAGAACAAUUGGCUUAUUCUGAGUUUCUACAUUCUUCUUCCCUUUAUCAUAAUUUUUACCAUAAUGAUUAUAAAAAGGCAUAAGAAGAGAAAAAUAUGCAACAAAGAAAAUGAAGAAUAUUAUGGGUAA